AUGGAUGACGCCAGCGGUGACGCAGACAGUCCUCCGGACAGCCCGCCCUUCCGCCCGCCGCCCUCCGCCGCCGCCUUGGCGGACGAUGACGACGAGGGGGAAACGCUGCUGGGGGUGCGCGCCGCCUUCCCCGCGUCGUUCGGCCGCCAGGAGGAGCGCGUCACGCCGCUCGAGGCCGUGCACGCGCAGACGGCGCGCGCACACGCGGAGCGCGCCGGGGGGAAGGGGAAGAAGAAGGCUGGGGGGAUGAAGUUCAGCAUCGGGCCGAGCCUAGCGAAGAGGUUAGGCGACGGGGCCAAGGCAGGGCUGGCUGGAGCAGCGGCGGUAGGAGCGGCGGGCGCUGGAGCUGUGGCGGAGAGGGGAGGUGCAGGCGGAGGAGCAGAGCGGGUGGGCGGAGAUGAAGCUGCGGGGGGGAGCUUGCGGGAGACGAAUGGUGGUAGUGCCGCAAGUGGCUGCGCUGGUGGAGCAACCAGGGACAGGGAUGGGGCAAGAGCAGUGAGGGAUGGAGGAGCAACAGAUGGGCGAGGAGCAGCGGUGGUGCAGGGCCACGGCCAGGGCCACGGCCAGGGCCAGGGCCAGGGCCAGGGCCAGGGCCAGGGCGAGGGCGAGGGGCAUGCAGUGAUCGGCCCUCCGCGGCCGCCGGGCCGCUUGGAGGACGGAGUUGGCGGACUGAUUGGGCCGCCUGCCCCUGCUGCUCGCCGCACACAGCAGCCCGGUGGGCGGAAGAAGAGCCGCUCGACAGCGCGGCAGGAUGGGGCGCACGGUGGGCAGAGGAGCGAUGGGAGUGAUGUGGAUGAGGAUGAGGAGGAGGAGGAGGAAGCAGAGGCGGAGGAGGACGAGGAGGAGGACGAGUUUGGAGUGCCGCUGAGCAAUGAGAUUGUGCUGGGGGGACACACCAAGGCAGUGGCGGCGCUGGCGGUGGACCCAACGGGCACGAGGGUGAUCAGUGGCAGCUACGACUACUCGCUGCGCUUGUACGACUUCCAGGGCAUGGACUCGCGCCUCAAGGCAUUCCGGGAGCUCGUGCCGUUCGACGGACACCAAGUGCGCGCCGUCUCCUUCAGCCCCUCCGCUGACCUCUUCAUCACCGCCACCGGCAACGCCCAGGCCAAGGUGUACGACAGGGACGGGCGCAGCAAGGGCGAGAUGGUGCGGGGCGACAUGUACAUCCGCGACCUGCGCAACACCAAGGGGCACAUCGCCGGGCUCACCACCGCGCAGUGGCACCCCUGCGAGCGCCACACCGCGCUCACCGCGUCCGAGGACGGGUCGCUGCGCAUCUGGGAUGUGCGGGACUUCAAGUCGCAGAAGAAGGUGGUGAAGCCAAAGCUGGCGCGGCCGGGCAGGGUGCCGGUGACAGCAGCGGAGUGGGGCCCUGAUGGCCGCCUCGUCGCUGCUGGCCUCAAUGAUGGCUCGCUGCAGGUGUGGAAUGUGAAGUCAGGAUGGGGGUCGCUGCCGGACCUGGUGUGUGGUGACGCGCACGAGAGGGGCGACGACAUCACAGGGCUCGCCUUCUGCUCCGAUGCCUCCCUGCUCGUCUCCCGCUCCAUGGAUGGUACCAUGAAGGUGUGGGACGUGCGCAAGUUCAAGCAGCCAGUGAGGGCGUAUGCGGACCUGCCGAACCACUACCAGCAGACCAACGUCGCGUGGAGCCCCGACGAGCGCCUCUUCUUCACCGGCACCUCUGCAGAGAAAGGGGGGCGCGGCGGGCAGCUGCACUUCUACUCCAAGGAGUCGCUGGACCUCGUGCGCGUCACGGGCGUGUCCCCAGACCAGAGCGUUGUGCGCGUGCUGUGGCACGCACGCCUCAACCAGAUAUUCGCCACAUGUGGCAACAAGAAGGCGGGCGGCACGCACAUCCUCUACGACCCCACGCUCAGCGAGCGCGGUGCGCUGGUGUGCGUGGCGCGUGCCCCCCGCGCGCCGCGCCCCGAGGACCUGUGUGCGCGCGUGGCGGCGCCCGCCAUCCGCAACCCGCACGCGCUGCCCAUGUUCCGCGACGAGCCGAGCCGCAAGCGGCAGCGCGAGAAGGCGCGCAAAGACCCCGUGGCCAGCCAGCGCCCCGACCUGCCCAUGGACGGACCGGGGCACGGCGGGCGCGUGGGGCAGACCAAGGGCACUCUGCUCACCCAGUACCUGCUCCGCGAGGGCGGGCUGCUGAAGGAGACGUGGAUGGAGGAGGACCCGCGAGAGGCCAUCCUCAAGUACGCCGACGCGGCCGCCAAGGACCCGCAGAUCAUCGCCCCCGCCUACGCUGCCACGCAGCCCACCACACUGUUCCACGAGUCCGAUGACGAGGACAAGGACUAG